CACUUCUCAGUCCACAAACAAAUCGCCUCCUCUCUUCUUCUUCUUCUUCUUCCGCUCUCUGUUUCUGCAAAUCCGCGAGGUUUCCCAAUGGCGAAAUCCGCCUUCCUUCUCCCACUCCUCUCUAUCUCCGUCCUAUUCGCCACCACCAGCGCUGCCGGCUACGGCGGAGCUUCCAAUUUCAUCAAAUCGAGAUGCAAUUUCACAACAUAUCCUGACCUAUGCGUUCAAUCCCUCACAAAUUUCGCCUCAAGAAUCCAACAAAACCCUCGCCAAUUAGUCCAAACAGCUCUAACGGUGAGCCUCUCUCACGCUCGAUCCGCCCGAUCCUUCGUCUGGAAACUGACGAAGUUCACCGGAUUGAAGCCGCGAGAGUACGCGGCGUUGAGAGACUGUCUAGAGGAGGUCGGCGACACGGUGGAACGGCUGAGCAAAUCGGUGGAAGAACUGAAGCUGGUUAGAAGAUCGAAGAGGAAGGAUUUCGAGUGGCACAUUAGCAACGUGGAGACCUGGGUGAGUGCGGCGAUGACGGACGGUAACACUUGCUCCGAUGGAUUUGCAGGGGCAGUGCUGAAUGGAAGAAUUAAAUCAUCGAUUAGGCGUCGCAUUGUGGAUUUAACUCGAUUCAUAAGUAAUGCCUUGGCUCUGAUUAACAACUAUGCUCAAAAUCAAAGCUAGAGAUGUAAGUCUGUUUCAAAAUCUGAAAAAUGUAAUGUAUAUUAUGAGAGUUUUGAGUGUUUUGAAUUUGAGAAUUGCAACCCUAAACGGUUUUAUGCUCUUCUCUGUAUCUGUAUUUUCCUAUUUUCGUUUAGUCUUUAA